AUGAAGAUAGCAACUUGGAAUGUAAGAGGUUUCAAUAAGGUUUUUAACUAUAAAGAGUUUCUUAGAGUAAUAAAAAAAGAACAAAUAGAUAUUAUAGCAGUAGUGGAGCACAGGGUCUUAAAACUUAAGGCCAAACAGAUCAUAAGCAAAGUGGUACCAGGCUGGAAAUGGGCUGAAAAUUAUGGUAGUUCCGAUAGAGGGAGAAUCUGGAUACUGUGGAAGCCCGAGGUUAUGGAUGUAUCUGUCAUACAUGUUGAGAAUCAAAUGAUUCACUGCCUUGUGAAGUGUGUCUCAGGAAAGAACCCUUGGCUUGUUAUGGGAGACUUCAAUGCAGUACUAAGAGGUAAAGAUAGGCUGGGCAGUCAAGUUAUGGAUGCGAAAAUCAGGGAUUUUGACAAUAUAAUGGAUCAAACAAAUCUGACUGAACUGAGAUCAAUCGGCAGGUUCUACACAUGGACUAAUAAUCAUGUUCACAAUAAAAUUGAUAGAGCACUAGUCAAUCCUACGUGGAUGAACUUGUGGCCUCAGUAUGAAGCGAUAGCAAUGUAUCCUUAUUUUUCAGAUCAUUCCUUAUUAUGUAUCACUAUAGAGGAUGCGCAGACCCAAGGACCAAAACCUUUCAAGUUUUUGAAUCAUCUAGCAAAGCACCCAACAUUUUUGCAACAUGUGAACAAUAAUUGGAAAAGUAAUGUCCAAGGUACCCCUAUGGAAAGGAUUUGGAAGAAUUUUAAACUUAUGAAAGGAAGCAUGAUGGGAUUGAACACUAAAGAAUUUUCUAAUGUGGAAUCCAAGAUCCCUUCUAUCAGACAACAACUUGAAGAUAUUCAGAAGCAACUUAGAAACCAAUAUAAUGAUCAAGCUUUGUAUACCCGGGAGAAAGAACUCAAGCUUGGACUUGAAAAAUGGAUUAUAGUGGAAGAAAGUAUCCUAAGACAAAAAUUUAGGAUACAGUGGUUGGGACUUGGUGAUACAAAUUCUGCUUUCUUCUUUGCCAGCAUGAAGAGCAGGAUUUGUCAAAAUCAUAUAACCAGGCUUGUAGCUAAAAAUGGCAUCAUUAGGCAGACUAGACAAGAGAUUGAGGUAGAAAUCAUUGAUUUCUAUAAGCAACUACUGGGAUCAAAUGCUAAGGAGCUACCUGUAAUACAGCCUAGUGCCAGCAUGUGGUCCUAUUCUGAACAGGCAGCAACAACUACACCUCCAAGCACCUAUAAAUACAGAUGA